UCAAUAGGCAUCUCAUCAGAUUCUAUUCUAUUUAUCUUAGAGGACCAGCAGGUGUGAUAGUAGAAUGUCACUCCUCUGCCUGAGAGAGAUCUGCCGCAAGAUGAGGAGCAUCAAACAGACAGAGCUGGAGCCCUUGGUGAGACGAGCCAAUCAGAUUAGAACUGAAGUCACACAGGGAGGGAGGAAGCCCUGUAAGGAUGUGAUAGAUGUCAGCUGGGGAGACAAACACAGAGGAGGGGUCCAACCUUUGACCUUCGUUCGACAGGUUCUUGCAGCCUGCCUCUACCCUCAGUUGAUCCACAGUUACAAACUGCCAGGGGACGUUAGACAGAGGGUCCAAAGCCUGCUGGGAGCAUGUGAUGGGGGGAGUGUAGGCUCAUACACGCCCACUGGUGGUAUCUCUUAUAUACAGUGCAGUGUGUCCAACUUCAUCUCUCGACGAGAUGGUGGUGUACCAUCGUCCCCCGAGAAUAUCUUCAUGACAUCUGGCUCUCAAAGGUCAAUAAUGCAAGUGUUGAAUAUGCUGGCUGACUUCCACAAUCAGGCCUCACUUCCGACAGGUGUGUUGACCGCUGUGCCCACCUACUCUUCCUUCAAAAUGAUGUUGCAAAGGCUCGGGGCAGCCGUUGUUCCCUACUACCUAGAUGAGGAGCAGUGUUGGGCAAUGGAGGUGGAGGAGCUACGCAGAGCACUACAGGCCUCUAAGGGUGUCUGCAACACAGUUGCCCUGUAUGUCAUCAACCCGGGGAAUCCUACAGGUCAUGUUCAGAGCAGGAAGUGUAUUGAAAAGGUGAUCCGAUUCGCUGCGGAGGAGAGGCUCUUCCUCAUGGCUGAUGAGGUGUAUCAGGAAAGUGUGUUCGGGGAGGGCAGUGAGUUUGUCUCCUAUAAGAAGGUUCUGUCUGAGAUGGGGCCUCCUCUCUCUCACACAGUGGAGCUGGCCUCUUUCCACUCAGCAUCCAAAGGCUUCAUGGGAGAGUGUGGGCUACGCGGGGGGUACGUGGAGCUGGUGAACCUUGACCCAGCCGUCAUGAGGUACGCCUACACCCUCUUUUCCACUGACAUCUGUGCCCCUGUGACUGGUCAGCUAGCCCUGGAGCUCAUGGCUAACCCUCCCAGGCCAGGGGACCCCUCAUACCCGGUCUACGCCCAGGAGACCCAGUCUAUCCGGGCCAUGCUGGUCCAUAACAUGAGCUGGGUCCCAGAGUUUCUGAACAAUAUCCCAGGAAUCAGCUGUCAGCCGAUGAUGGGAGGAGCUUUCGUAUUCCCCCGGCUGUAUCUACCCCAAGCAGCCAUUGAGAAGGCCAAGGUGGUGGGGAUGCAGCCUGACCUGUGGUACUGUAAACGGUUACUAGAGGAGGCAGGAGUGUGUGUGGGACCGGGGUGUGAGUAUGGACAGAAGGAAGGCACCCACCACAUCAGACUGUGUGUCAUGACCCCAGUGGAGACCAUGGAAGAGGUACUGAAACGCCUGAAGAACUUCCACCUGCACUUCCUCAAGGAGUUCUCCUGAAAACUGGCUUCACCUUACAGCCCAAAGAUGAAUAAUACAUUUAACUUCAGACACAAUCACAGUACAGAGAGGAAAAUUGCAACCAGUAACAUUGUUUAACAUCUUUCUUUCAACAGACCAUAUUUAAAUAAAAAAAUAAUGGUUAACAAUA